UUUCUCUUUUCUUUCCUUAUUAUUACUACUGUUCCAUCCUCUGUCUCCUCUGCCUUCCAUUUUCUCAUUUCUAUGGCCGCCGAGGAAUUCCAAGAAUCCGACGUCAUUUUCUCCGACCACGACCACGACGACAGCUACUUCUUCCGUUGCAAAGAUUUAGAUCACGACAACUCGCGCGUGAUUUGUAAUAAUAGUAAUAGGAGAGGAAAGAAAAAGAACCAGCAGAAAUCCAGCUCCGUUCCGGUGAAUAUUCCCAGCAAUGUGUUUCGGUUUUCUGAUGCUGGUGAUUUUGACGAGGAAUAUGAUGGGGACGAAUUGAUUCCGCCGCAUGUUAUACUUGGGAGGAGAAUUGAAGGGAAAAUGGCUUUCUCUGUUUGUACUGGAAAUGGAAGGACAUUGAAGGGAAGGGAUUUGAGUCGAGUUAGGAAUUCAGUUCUUAGAUUGACUGGGUUUUUAGAAACAUGAUAGUCAUAAUGAGGUACUGUAAAUCAAAUUAAGAAUCAAGAAGAGAAUUGGGGGAAAAAAGGAAAGAAUUUGAUUUUCCUUUCUCUAGAUUUCAUUUUUUUUUUUUUUUAAAGUUUGGUGAGAUUGUUGAUUAGUUAAUUAUAGCAUUCAUUGUAACAAAAACAAAUGAAAAUGGAGAAUUGUUCAUUGGGUUUUAAUUUUUAUUAACUAUAAAGACAUAAUUAAUGAGUUCUUAAACUCAUUCUUUGGAAAUUAGUUGUUUGUGAUUUAUGAAUUAAUGCAGGAGCUUAUAGCUUGGUAGAUGUGGAUUAAUAUCUGAUGCAUACGACAUAAAAGAGUCUUCUUGCAACAAUGUGCUGGAAAUUUGUCUUCUCUUUGGACAUGAACAACUGGUUUCUUGAUUUUCAGAGACACAGAAAGAUGGGUGAGAUCGAUGGUUUGAACUAUAGGUCAGAAAUAAUGGUUUCUUCCAUUACUUAUAUCUGUAAAAAUAAAGGCGAAACAUAUAUGUAUACGUUUGGAUAAUUUUAGAUUUAAAAUCUAAAUUCAUUUUAAAUA